AGUUUUUUUUUUUAUGACAUCACAGUUUAGAGCGUUCGCCUGACAAGGAUUAGUUUUGAACAUAACCUGUUAUAAAUAUGGCUUUGUUUUGAAUAUAUUUUUGGGUAAGCGAGAUUUUUUGUAAAAAUAUGGCAUUAUUUCCUGCGUACGCUGAAGAAGCGAAAUUGAUAGAUGAGAAUGAUUCGUCCAAAGAGAAACAGGAAUGGUUGGAAAACUCCAGCUACACGGUUCAUAAAAAUGCGGAAGUUCUAGAAAUUGUCGAUUCCGAUAAAGAAUCGGUAAAACCUGCAAGGAAACGUAAAAAGAAAGAAAAGAAACAAGUAAAGGACAAAUCGGCAGUCGAAGAAAGCAAAGACCAAGAAUAUGAGGGUUUUGAAAUUGAUGUCAAGAGAAUAAAUGAGUACUUAUCCGUUAAUACAAUUUCGAGGCCUGCUGUGUCGCGAUAUCGUGUAUCGUAUUACCUCAGCACGCGAAUAAAGUCGAAAAAACGAAGAUUUAAGCGUUAUUAUAAGCUGAUCUUUGAUGAAGAAAAGGGAGACAAAGAAGAAACUCCCAUAACUAAAAGUAAUGUAGACACUGCAGGGUUCGCGGAAAAGGAUGCUAACUUUAGGGGGUUUAAGGAGGAGGGAGAGUUAUCCAAACAGACAGAGACUUUCAAUAAACAGUUAGCAGAACGCUCUGAAGAUGUGAAACUGUGGCUUAAAUAUGUGGACUUUCAAGAUGUCGUGUACCAGUUUGAGAAAAGCUACAGAAAAGGAAGUAUAGUGAAAGCGCAACGGGUGUUGGCCGAAAGAAAAAUUGCCAUUUUAGAAAAAGCUUUGACUCACAAUCCAAACUGCGAGGUGUUACUUCGGGAGAGGUUGAAAGUCGCGGUCAGUGCAUUCCCCGCUGACGAAUUGCAACUGCAGUUAAAAAAAUUGGUAGAAAAAGACCUAGGCAAUAUCAUACUAUGGCAAGGUUACAUAGAGUCGACGCAGUGCUCAAUGUCCCAUUGUAACACUCCGUCCGUGGUCGCUCUGUACUCAAAAUGUCUGUCGACUAUACACCAACUGAGAAGAAACGCCACAGUCGACAAAGAAGUUUUGGAGGAGAGCAUCUUGAGGAUGCUUUACCAGUGCGGACUGUUUCUCAAACAGGCCGGUCUGCUCGAGCAGCUUUGGACGUUACUGAAGAUGUAUCUGGAAUUGAAUUUGUCGCCCACCGAUAAAAACAAAUUUAACAUUGAGAUUAAGUUCGAGGAGAAGCAGCUGCUGGAACUUGAAGAGAUUGUGUUGAAUUCUCAACUGCCGCAUCAUGAACUGUGGCUAAGAACUGAGAAACUGAGGGAGUCGUGUCAUUGGCUGCCCGUUUCAGGCGACGAGCAGUGCGAAGAUCCUCAACGGUUAGUGUUUACCGAGGACGUCGUCGAGCUCAUACAGCCCAUCACGAUGCCAGAGAAUGUGUUUAAGUUUGUGGCCACGAUUUUGGCGUUACUUAAGGUUCCGCUGUUGCCGUGUCGCCACUGCAGUAUGCAAGAUUUGGGGCUGGACUACGUCCCGUGGAGUCUGGACUCGGUCGAGAGCCUUUUGCCGGUGUUCGUGCCGUUGUAUCCCGUGGACACGGUCAGCCCUAAUUUAUUAAAGGACACUGCCAGAUUAGCAGUGGGACCUCAAUAUCUGAAAACUAUCCCGGGGCAGGAUCAGUACUUGAAUUUUGUGUUGACGGUGAUGGAGAACUGCGCGGAUUGCUUAAACGGGCGGGACCAAAUCGCGGUUAGGGUGUGGUGGUUUCGAUUUCAGCGGCUCCUCGUCAUCCUGGACAAAUUGGGCCGCUUCAAGAUGCCCCCCUACUUAAAGAAAAAAAUUAAGGCGGGCAUCAAGAACCUGCUGAAAACAGAGGAGCAUAGGAACAACGAAGUGUUCUACUUGGAAUACGCGCUAAUCGAGGGCGAAUGGGACAAUCCCGAGGGAUGCAAGAAGAUCCUGGAAACCGCGUUGGGCAUGAACGCGUGCACCAAGUGGGUCUCCAAGUAUUGGAGCGAAUCCCAAGCGUGCCGGUGUUACCUAUACAAAACAUUGGUAGAGGUGACGCUUAAAAGUAGGCGUGACGAUGGCGUCGCCAGGAAUGAGGGUCUGAGGCGUCUAGUUACUAUGGUUUUGCAGCGUAACGUCGUAGCGGUGAAUAAGGGGUUACUGAUGGAAGCCGAAACGAAAUUUAAAUCGCUCUCUGUGGAGUUAAUGGACAAUUUCAGCGGAAGGAGGUCGCUGGUAGAACACUUCCUUCCCGAUUUUUUUACCGACUGGGUUAUUUGCAACGGGUGGUUUUUGUUUCUCUCAAAAGGCCCGCUAGAGUGCGGCACUUUCCUGGAGAAAACCCUAGAGUAUUUAGAGAAGUAUUCGGACGAAUCCCGCUGGCACCGCGAGGUUUUAUACGAAUUUUACACCGCCAUUUUAUUCAAACACUGUCUAAACAACCCGGGCAGUGGAAUGUUUAAAAUUCUCGACGACGUGCUGCUCAGAGCGAUCGAAACAUUCCCGAACAAUUUGUACCUGCUAGCGAUAUUGGCCAAAGAGCAAAGUAUGGUGAAGAGUACUGGCCCAGAUUGGUGGAAGAUACAGAAUGUAUUGCUUCAGUCGGGCAGGGCUUUUGCGACCAUCUCGGCCGUACUUAUACUUGAACUGAUCAAACUGGAGCUGGAAAAAGAUAUGACCGAUACCAUAACGGGAUCCGGGUUUGAGCUGACCGUCAGUUAUAAGAAUCGCAUGGCAAAUUUGUUUAAAAAGAUUACGAGGGGCGACAUGUGCACCAGGAGAUGCGGAUUGGCCUGGAGGCUGUACUUGCAGUUCGUGCACAGCCUGUUUAGCCCCACUACAUGCCGCAACGUAUACUAUUCAGCCGUAGAGGAAUGUCCAUGGCUGAAAGCUCUCUACAUAGACGCUGCUAUAUAUAUACCGGCCGAAUUAGCCCAAAUACAGGACCUGAUUAUCGAGAAGCAGCUGAGGCUGCAUGUCGCUCCCGAGGAACUGGACAUACUUAGGUCUUAG